UCUCCGCAAAUGCCGGGAAUGAUUUAAUUCGCGAAAUGGGAGACCUGAAGUCGGGGUUUGAAGAGGUGGAUGGCGUGCGGCUCGGCUACCUCAUCAUUAAAGGAAAGCAAAUGUUUGCACUCUCCCAGGUUUUCACCGACCUGCUCAAAAACAUCCCGCGGACCACCGUGCACAAGCGAAUGGAUCAUUUGAAAGUCAAAAAGCACCACUGCGACCUGGAGGAGUUGAGGAAACUCAAAGCCAUCAACUCCAUCGCGUUCCACGCCGCCAAAUGCACGCUCAUCUCCAGAGAGGACGUGGAAGCGCUCUACACCUCCUGCAAAACCGAGCGGGUCCUCAGGACAAAGCGGCGGAAGCUCGGCCGGGCCCUGGCGGGCGGCGAGCUGCGGCCGGAGCGGGCGCCCGCCGACCCCUUCCGCGGCUUCUGGAAGGAGAACAAACUUUGGCUGGGUUUGAAUGACUCUCCCCGGCCGUUGCUGCCAAUCAGGCGGAAAGCUCUGCGGCCGGGGGCCGCGGCCCUGCUGCCGGCCUCCCAUCUACCUCACCUUUUUAGUAAAUACACUGGCCACGGCUACCCGGAGCUGGCCCGGGCGCCCCGCAAACCCCCCGGCAGCUAUGAAACGGCGGCGGGCGGCUGCGCUCCUCUCCGCGCCCGCCGCCCUCCCGCCGCCCGCCCCCCGCCCGCCGCCGCCACGGCCGCCGCCGCCGUCGCCGCCGCGCUGGGCCCCCCCCGGAGGCCCCUGGCCUUGGCGCGGCCCUGCAGAUCCCGCGGCGCCCCGCGGCUGCCUUUGCCGCUGCCGCGCGGCUUCGGGCCGCCGCCUUCGCCCGCCUUCGCCGAGAGCGGCAGCAGCGACUCGGAGUCCAGCUGCUGCUCCGGCCGCGCCGCGCACGACUCGGACUGCGGCUCCAGCCCGUCCAGCUCCAGCGAGGGCAGCUCGGAGGAGGAGGACGAGGAGGAGGAGGACGAGGAGGGCAGCGGCGGCUCGGACUCCAGCGAGGGCAGCUCGGAGGAGGAGGAGGAAGAGGAGGAGGAGGAGGAGGAGGAGGAAGAGGAGGAGGAGGAGGAGGACAGCACCUCGGACUCCGACUCCAGCUCGGUCUCCAGCCAGGUCUCGGUGCAGAGCAUCCGCUUCAGGCGCACCAGCUUCUGCAGCCCGCCCGCCGUGGUGCACGCCAACUUCUUGUACCAUCUGGCCGCCGCCGCCGCCCCCCGGCCCCCGGCCCCGGCCCCGACGGAUCCCGGCGGGCCGCCCGCCCUCCGCCGCGCCGCGGGCUGCGUGAAGCCGGAGCUGCCCGAGGAGUGGGGCCGGCCCGGCUGGGGCCCAGCGCUGCGCUGCCCCGGCGGCCCUGGGAGCUGCUUCGCAGAGAUAAGGGAGCGGAGGGCGGCCGAGAUCACAUUCCCACACUCUGAAUUUCCCAAUAACGCCAAGAGUACUGACCUAACAAUUAACUGCGUUGCAAAGGGGGCCUCUUCACCUAGCCCAAAGACAAACAAUGCAUUUCCACAACAAAGAAUACUCAGAGAGGCAAGGAAAUGCCUUCCAGCAACUACUACACACUGUGCAGAUAACAAUACAAUAGCUGCUAGGAUCUUAAAUAAUGAUUCUUCAUCAGCGGCUGCGAAUUCCGAAAAAGAUUCCCAAAUCCCUCAUUGUAUUGAAUUUGCCACGGAUUUGCCCUCGUUACGGACCGACCCCGCGGAGGACGCCGCCUCUCCGGGGGCCGCGGAGCCGCGGAGCGCUGAGCCGGGGGCCGAGGCGCUGCCCUUCCCGCACCGCGUCCGCAUCAAAACCGAGGAGGAGGCGAGCGGUGAGGACGGGCCCGACCCUCCGCCCCAGGAGCUGCGGUGUGAGUGCAAUCAUCCCGAGGAGGAGCGUCGCGGCGUGACGGAGGGCAGCGAGCAGGACGCUUUAGGAACGGCCAGGGAGGAUUCUGCAUGCACUGAGAAAGAAACCACUUCCUUCCCCCCGCUGACUCAGAGUCAGGGCCUCUCAUGCACUUUAGGUACUCCAAAACCUGAGGAUGGGGAGUAUAAAUUUGGAGCGAGGGUGAGAAAGAACUACAGGACGCUGGUUCUGGGCAAGCGGCCCGCGCUGCAGCCUCCUCCGCUCAAACCAAAUCUGAAAUCGGCGCGGAGCCCGCGGCCCGCAGGUAAAGCCGAGCCCGAAGGAACACUGGACGAUCUCACGGCCAACAAUAGGCGCAGAAGGGUAGCCGGCAAUGUAGCAUCAGCGGUGAAAAGGCCGUUUAAUUUCAUGGCAAAUUUUCCCUGUCCACCGUCGCUAAUUAUUGGCCAUGACGGGGAUUUGUUGCCAGCUUACUCCUUAAGCACCACUAAGGACUCGCAAGCACCUCACAGGGCCCAUCCCGUGUGGAAAUGGCAGCUGGGCGGCUCUGCAAUACCUCUCCCACCUAGCCACAAAUUCAGGAAAUUUAAUUAAUAAAAUACUUUGGAAAAUAUUUGCUGGAACCACCUCUCGGGCUGUGCGCUGCGUGAGCUCGGCAGGAAGGUUCGUGCGGCCCUUAACGCCGCGCAGCACUCGCUGCUGGGAUCCGUCGUGUCGUUUGUGAAGACAGAACCCGGAUUACCAUUUUCUUCCCUUGUUCCAACAGUGGUUUUGGUUUGGUUUGUUUGGAUCUUUUUUUGUUGUUGUUGUUUUUCUUUUCUUUUCCUUUUUUUUUUUUCCCUGUUACGUUUGGGUGUUUUUUUGUUACAUUCCACAGAGUACUUCAGGCAAAGACUCAACUUAACUCAGUUACGCCGGUAGAGCUGGAACACUUUACUGUUUGAAUGCUAAUAAUGCACCAGUACCUCAAUUCAACUGCUGCAAAUAAAUGUCAAAAGGUUGAAUAAUAAAUACUAGAAUGAGCCAUUAAAUUUAUGCACUAGAUUUCGAACAUGGCAGUCUAACUGUUAAUUCAGUUCAAGUUUGUGAAGUGCCACGGCCGCACAGGAGGGCUGGCCGCACCUCGGCACCUCGGAGCGGUGCGGUGCGGUGCCCCGGGCCCACAGCGCUGCGCUCAGCCCCUGGGGAAGGCGGGGGCAGAGAGCAGCACGAAACGGGGGAUCGCAGCGCGGGGAAAGGGCGUCCUUUCGCUCGUACAGCCCCUCGUUGCGAUCGGAAGCCUUUUUGUUUCACUCAGAGGUCUUAAAUAAGGUUACUGUUACCCGCUCACGUCGUGCCGAAGCUGCGCUCUGAACGCGCCCCUGCAAACUUGCACGGCGCUCGGAGACCUGCCCGGCCCGCGGCGAUUUAUGGGCAACCCCGCGCUGGCCGCAGGAAAUAGCGAAGCAGUAAAUGCGGCGCAGAGAGAGCGGAGCGAGGGGCCAGGAGUGGGAACAGCGCAACAAACGCGAGCCCCGCGCUGCUCGUGGCUCUGUGGCCCUGAACUCGGGCGCUGCCGCCUCGUUGUCCUCAGCCCCGAACCCCGGCGCUGUCGGUUUUUGUUUCCAGGCCGUCCUCUCUAUGUAGCAGAAACGUUUCUACCGCACGUGACAAUCAGAGGCGAUUAUCUCUAUUUGCACUUAAUAUCGAAAUAGUGGAGCGGGCGGGGGCGAGGGCCUCGCCUCGGAGAGACAUGCCGGUAUAAUAUAUUGUGAUGAUGGAAG